AUGGAGGGCGACACCGAAGACUUAUCGCUGAUCCACGCACGCCAAACCACGGUAUCACUCAACCGUCAGAUCGACAGCCACACACAGUUGGUGGCAUUGGUAUCGUGCGAGCUGCCAAGCAAUUUCUUCCGCUUGCUGCUCUUCUUGGCGGGAGAUAUCCACGCACGCGUCACUAAACACCGACAGUGGCUUGCAACAGAGGCAGCCAAGACACAGCACACCACGUCUUCAUGA